UCUACUGAUACGUGCGCGUGCUUAGACAUCUCGCAGUGCGAGCGAGUCCCCAAAAGAGUCCCCGACCGACACAAGAGUGCACCAUGGAGCGCCCCCUAAGACGGUACGUGAAAUCCCACGGGUAUGCAAUCGCCAUAUCUGCCCUGUUUUUCGGCUGCAUCUACGUCGCCAGUAUACUCAACGAAGAUCAGCUGAGUCGCACCGCAAGCGAAUAUGCUUUCUUCCGCUCACGACCGCUCGAGCAGUUGAUCUUUUCGAUCGCGUGGAUCGUCGCUGGGUUGAUCUUCCUGCUGGGGCUGAUCUGCGAGCGUAAGGAAACGAUCUUUCCGUUCGCCACCAUCUUUCUGGUCGAGUGGAGCCUCAUACUGGUGCAGCUGGUCAGCAAGUUGGAGCACCGCAACCUGCUCGAGGUGAUCCUAUCGGCCGAGGCAGCAGUGUUUCUACUGGUGCCGUUGUACGUGGGAUACACGCUGGUCAUACUGUACCGCGCGUUUGACAGUCUGUGCAAAGAUGACGAAGACAUCGAGCAGGCACGGCGUCCGGUGAAAUUCUUUUUCGGCGAAGAUCCCGACGAUACCUACAGCUAAAGAAGCGCCGCAACUUCAGUGAUUAGUUGUAAGGUUAAUUCUAAGCACUAGAUCCUACUUUAACUUAUGAAUAGCGGAUGUGUGAUGUUGAGGCAAAAACCUCGGACACAAGAAAUAGUAAAAUCUUCC